AUGAGUGAGGUCUCAAAGCCAGAAGAAAUUGUCAAGGUGCAGCGUGAUUUGUUAAACAAAGUGUCAAAGGCUCUUAAGAAUUACAAGAAGGAUCCGAUUGAUCGCCAUACGAAGACGUAUUUUGAGGUUCGUCGGAACAAUUUAGAAAAAAUAUAUUCCGAUUUUCAAUUGAACCAUAAAUCUAUAAUUCAAUCUACAUUGGAACUUACAGAUAAGUACUUUACUGAAGAUGUUUCCGAUUUAUUUGAAGAGGAGUAUAUCAAGACCUUUUCCACAAUAAAUGAAGCCUUCAAUCUCAAGUUCCCUUCACUGGCUAUUGAUGACAACAAAUCAUUUAAUAAUUCAGGGUUUGUAAAAAAUGACGAUGAUGUUGCCCAAAAGGCAAGUAACACAAAUUCUGUUCGGCUUCCUAGGAUUCCGCCACCUGCAUUUUCGGGUAAAUACAUCGAUUGGCCAGCCUUUUAUGAUUCGUUUGUUCGAUUAAUACAUUCGAAUGCGUCACUUGCAAACAUCGAAAAGUUUCAUUUUCUCAAACAAUCAUUGCCUAGUGAUUUUGACAGCGAUAUACGUGACAUUCCCUUGACCGCUGCAAACUACGUUACAGCCUGGGAAACUUUAGAAAAAAGGUACAAUAAUAAGCGUGUUUUGUUCUCUCAUUAUAUGAAUUUGCUAUCAUCUCAACCAUGCAUUCAAAAGGAAUCCGCUUCUGAUAUUAAACAUUUACUUGAUACUUCUCGCUCGUGUGUAAGUGCUUUGCUAAAUCUAAAAAUCGGAGUAGAUCAAUGUGACCAAAUUAUUGUUCAUUUCUUAGUGGGGAAAUUGCCUCGAGAAACUCAUCAUUUGUGGGAACAAGAACUUGGUAAGUCUGUCGAUAUUCCUUCCUUCCAACAGUUUACGGAUUAUUUAGACACUAGGUACCGCAUUUUAGAAGCGAUGGAAUUCCAGCAAAAUUUGGUCACACCAACUCCUGCUAAAUCUUUCAACUCCAACACUUUCAAUACAAAGGCAGUUAACAAAACCAACAACAAAUUCUUCCCUCAUCGGGAAACAAAAAUCCAUCAUCUCGCUUCUUCGCAAACAAAUCAACCAACGGCAUGUUCAGCUUGCAAGGAGCCACACAUUUUACGUCGUUGCCCCAAAUUUCUUGCAAUGGAUUGUUUCGAGCGCAAGGCUAUGGUCGAUCAAGCCAAACUCUGCGUCAAUUGUUUGUGUGCAAAUCAUCUUGCAUCAUCUUGUUUCAGCUCUAGGAAUUGCCAACAAUGUGGUAAGCGACACCACACGUUAUUGCAUUUUCCCACUAACCACAGCAACAACCUUUCAUCCAACAACAACAAUUCAAUUUCAUCAUCUCAAACAGCAACCGUGAACCAAAAUUCUCCUACGGACAAAAAUACAAACAUAGUAAACCACGUCAGCCAAUCAUCAGCCGCAAAUUCACAAAUGUCCAGAUUUGUAUCUAGAUCUCAAAUUUUACUUCCCACUGCAGUUGUUAAUGUCGUUACAACAGAUGGCCAAACCUUUCGUCUCCGUGCUUUGAUUGAUCAGGGAUCCACUGGUGCGCUCAUCAGUGAAAGGGCGGCCCAAUCUUUGAAUCUCGAGCGAUUACCAAUUAUUUCGUCCAUCCAACUUGCAAAUGGUCAGCGAACGUCUGGGAAAUCCGUAGCAAACCUUAUGAUUCAAUCUCGCAUAGACAAUCAAUGCUCAUUCUGCGUUUUCGCUUCGAUUGUAAAUAGUGUUACGCACAACUUACCAUCAACAAGUGUCAAGUGUCAUAAUUGGCCGCAUAUUAGUGGAUUAGAGUUGGCAGAUCCAGAAUUUUAUAAUUCUUCAUCUAUAGAUCUACUUUUAGGUGCUGACAUUUUAGCCAAAGUUUUAAUGGGAGGUCUGCGAAAAGGUGAAACAAAUGAGCCGGUAGCCCAGGAAACCAAAUUGGGAUGGAUCAUCUCUGGCGAAGCUUUUGAACCCACUCCUGACACCCCAUUGCCAUCAACAAUCUCAUGUUCGCAUGUUUCGCUUGAACAACUUGAUGCCCUUGUAAAGAGAUUUUAUACACUCGAAAGCAUUCCUACGGAGCAACAAUACACCAUGGAAGAAAAAUGGUGUGAAGAGUUCUUUAAGCGAACUCAUAAACGUCAAGAUAGCGGCAAGUACGUGGUUCGUCUGCCUUUAAAAAGUUUAUUCGAUUCGAAAAUGACGUUGGGAAGAUCAAAACAAAUGGCUUUAAAUAGAUUUUAUUCAACUGAGCGGAAGUUAAACAACAAUCAACUCUUACGAGAACAAUAUGCUAAGUCCAUAAAGGAAUAUUUUGACCUUAACCAAAUUGCUCCAGUGGAAACAACAGAAAACCAACAUCGUCAAUUCAGCUCCAGCAAUAUUCCUUCAUAUACAUGUUGCGUGCUCCCUCAUCAUGCCGUAAUAAAAACCGACAGCCUCACCACCCAGUGCCGUGUUGUUUUUGAUGCUUCGGCCACGACAUCUAAUGGAACAUCACUAAAUGAUAUAUUAUGCAAUGGACCCGCUCUUCAAAAUGAUUUGGCAGCAGUGUUGCUUAACUGGCGUCUGCACAAAUUUGUCAUCACGGCAGAUGUAAAGAAGAUGUAUCGUUGUAUCGAUAUGAAUGAAGAAGAUUCCCAGUAUCAACGUAUACUUUGGCGCAACGAAAAUAAUGACAUUCAAGAAUUUCGUCUCACCACCGUCACCUUUGGAACUGCUUCAGCUCCGUAUACCGCCAUUCGUGUCAUGCACCAAUUGGCUGAGGAUGAACGCGAACGAUUUCCGCUGGCCUACCAAGUAUUAAAAGAGCAGAUGUACGUCGAUGACAUUUUCACUGGAGGAGACACUAUAGACAAAGUUAUGCAAGUUCGAAAUCAGAGUUUGAAAGCUCUACGAGCAGGAGGUUUUGAAUUGCAUAAGUGGGCUUCAAACACAACGGAACUACUUGCUGGGAUCCCAUUGCAACAACAAAGCAGUGCUACUGCUCUAGAAUUAAACAGUGAUGAAGUCAUCAAAACUUUAGGUAUGAAUUGGCAGCCUGGUCUCGAUCAGUUUCGCUACAAAAUAAACUUUGACCUUCAUCAAGGUACAGUCACUAAACGAAGUAUUCUAUCUACUAUAGCUAAAUUGUUUGACCCUUUAGGUUUCAUCAACCCCAUUAUCGUUUCUGCGAAGAUUAUUUUGAAAAGACUGUGGUCAUUGAACAUCAGCUUUGAUGAACCCAUUUCGGGUGAUCUUUUGGUUGACUGGAACAACAUUUUGGAAGAUUUACCAAACAUCAGUCAGAUUCAAAUUCCGCGCUGGCUAAAAUUUUCACCUCAGUCAAUGAGAAAAGUUGAGAUUCACGCCUUUUGCGAUGGGUCAUCUCAAGCUUAUGCCUCUGUCGUUUAUUUACGCAUACAAGAUGACCAGAAUACAUUUCAUACCAAUUUAACCACAGCUAAAAGUAAGGUCACCCCGAAACCACCAAUUAGUAUUCCAAAAAUUGAAUUGUGUGCUGCUGUUUUAGGUAUAAAACUGGUACAAUGGGUAACAAAACACAUACAAUUGCCCACAACUGCAAUUUCAAUUUUUUACUGGACAGAUGCAACGAUAGUUCUUUCAUGGAUUCGUGGGGAUGCUAAUAGAUGGCCUGUAUUCGUAGCAAACCGAGUUGGAAUUAUUCAUGCAGCAUCAAACGUUAACCAAUGGCAUCACGUUGCAACUCAUGAUAACCCAGCUGAUCUCUCUUCUCGUGGUACAACAUCCACACAACUAAUAAAUUCUGAUUUAUACUGGCAUGGACCUAAAUGGCUAAGUGCAGCCCAAGAAUUUUGGCCAACUUCCAACUGGACGUUUCUAGAAACCAAACAGAUUAUUAAUGCUCUUCUGGAACUACCGUCAGAAUCGUUUUUAAAAAGGUAUUCAAAUUUCUCACACUUGCGUCGAAUUGUGGCUUGGAUACUUCGCUUUGUUAACAAUUGUCGUUGCAAAAAGAAACUAGAUGAGACUCACAAACGGAAAAAGGGAACUCUCAAGGUUGAGGAGCUAGAUCUUAGUCUCAUAAGGUUGGUACGACUUGUUCAAACUGAAUGUUUUCCUUCUGAUUUACAGGCAUUAUUGAAAAAAGGUGCUGUUUCAAACAAAAGUCAGUUGGUAGGGUUAGCGCCUUUUCUGGACAACGACAAAGUACUGAGAGUAGGAGGACGCUUGCAACGCUCUGCUUUAUCAUUCAACGAAAAACAUCCGAUGAUCCUUCCAAGGGAUCAUCAUUUGACAAACCUAAUCAUCAGUUAUGGUCACCAAACUACUUUACAUGGUGGAAUGCGACUCACAGCAUCGUUCCUUCGGAAGAAAUUUUGGAUUCUCAGCGUUAGGAAAGGAAUUCAGGGUGAGAUAAGAUCUUGUAUUACCUGCUUCAAGGAAAAACCACGAACAACACAACAAUUGAUGGGCAGCUUACCAGCAGCCAGGGUAAAUCCAUCGUUCAGGCCAUUUCUAGCCACAGGUGUGGAUUAUACUGGUGCGAUAGAACUCAAAGCAUCAAGAUAUCGAGGUAACACCACAUAUAAAGGGUAUAUCGCAAUCUUCAUUUGCCUUGCAACCAAGGCAAUCCAUUUGGAAGCAGUUACAGGAAUGACAACAGAUCAGUUUUUAUGUGCGUUAUACCGUUUUAUUGGAAGACGGGGAUUAUGCCAUGAUAUAUACAGUGACUGUGGCACUAACUUUAUUGGUGCCAACACUGUUCUUAAAACCAAUGCAAAAAAGUUUAUUGAAUCGAUUGAUAGAGAAAUCGCUCCCCAAUUAGCAGAAAAGGGCAUCCAGUGGCAUUUUAAUCCACCCCACUCUCCGAAUUUUGGUGGAUUAUGGGAGGCUAAUGUAAAAUCCGUCAAACACCACCUCAAACGAAUUACAACUGGGACUCCGCUCACCUAUGAAGACUUAUCGACCAUUCUUGUGAGAAUAGAAGCCUGUCUUAAUUCUCGACCAUUAUGCCCACUGACCUCAGAUCCCGAUGACUUGACUGUGCUCACUCCGGGUCAUUUCUUAAUUGGAGACUCUUUGCUAGCACCACCAGAAUCACCUGCUCCAGAAACCACACUCCGACGUCAAUAUCUUCAACUACAGCGAAUGUUUCAACAAUUUUGGUCACGAUGGUCAGCAGAUUGGCUAUCACAUCUACAAUCAAGACCAAAAUGGUGUCAACAACAUGAAAAUCUUCAGGUCAAUGAUCUUGUUAUAAUCAAGGACGAUAGACUGCCACCCAACCAGUGGCUCCUGGGUCGCAUCAUUGAAACCCAUCCUGGUGAUGACCAAUUAGUACGGGUGGUCACAGUCCGCACAAAGAGUGGCAACUACAAACGUUGCGUCUCAAAAAUAUGCAAGUUACCAAUCAAAAACUCUCUUAAUCUUUCGUGA